ACCAAGACAAUGGCUGAGAGAAAUCACUCCAUAGCAACAGAGUUCAUUCUUUCAGGGUUCACAGACCUUCCAGCAUUGCAGGUACCCCUAUUCAUGCUGUUCCUAGGGGUCUAUAGUAUCACUGUGGUGUGGAAUCUCGGGAUGUACCUUCUAAUUAGGGUGGAUUUCCGACUUCACACCCCCAUGUACUUUUUUCUAAGCCACUUGUCCUUUGUAGAUGUAUGCUACUCAUCUGCCAUCACUCCCAGAUUGCUGUCAGAUCUCUUAGCAGAGAAGAAAGUCAUUUCUUAUGGUGGGUGCCUUGCACAGUUUUAUUUUUUUGUGUUGUUUGGCACUACAGAAGGUUUUCUCCUUGCUGCCAUGGCUUAUGACCGCUACAUGGCCAUCUGUAACCCACUGCUCUACAUGGCCUCCAUGAACAGCAGAGUCUGUCUCCAGCUUGUGGUUGGCUGCUACCUGGCUGGGAUCAUCAACACAACUGUGCACACAGGCACUAUGCUUCGCCUCUCCUUCUGUGCCUCCAAUGUCAUCAAGCAUUUCUAUUGUGAAGGCCCCCCUCUGUACACAAUCUCCUGCACUGACACGACCAUCAAUGAGACUGUGAUAUUUGCUUUUGUUAGCUUUGUUAUAGUAGUCACUGUCUCUACCAUUGUUACCUCUUAUACCUACAUCUUGGCCACCAUCCUGAGGAUCCACUCAGCUGAGGGCAGGUACAAAGCCUUCUCCACAUGCACUUCACAUUUAAUGGCUGUCACCCUCUUCUAUGGGUCUAUUGCAUUCAUGUAUCUACAGCCUAGUUCCAGGCAUUCACAGGACCUAGAUAAAGUGGCAUCAGUGUUCUACACAGUAGUGAUCCCCCUCUUGAAUCCUGUGAUCUACAGCCUGAGGAACAAGGAGGUGAAGGAUGCCCUGAGGCGACUGAUGAGAAGGCAAGUGUCAUUUACAUGCAAAUGA